CUGCUGUUUAUUAAUAAGACGCAGAAGUCGCAAGUCUUGUCCAGAAGCAAGGCCGGUGAACGGGCAGCCAUUUUGAGCCAUGUGCAGAAUAACCGACGCAAGCAUGAGGCCGAAGCAUCUCAUCGAUCGAAACCAUGGUCUAAAUUUGUCACCACUUUAUCAACCUCAGAUGAUUCGAAAACCUCUGAAACUGAUGCGAAAUUCCAGUCCCUGUCCACGGCAGUGACACCCUCGUACAAUUCCUCGGACCCUUUCCACUGCACAAUAGCCAAUAUGGAUGCCGGUACCCAUGCCAUUCUUCAUAUCACCUUUUCUCACGCAUCACGGGCAAAUUUCCUCGCCGAGUCUUUUGCCCCAUCGUAUAUGCUCCUGCAUCAACUCCCCACGCGGCACGAUGCAAUGUUCCAGCUUCGUCUAAAACGCUGUGUCGAGGAUGAAAAGCUCAUGUACUCGACUCUCGCAUACGGCUCUAGCCUCUUGGGUUGGAUGAUGGGUCGCUUUGACUCUUCGAAGCAGCCAGAGUACUUUCUCGACAAGGCUCUUCGUGCUGUGCGGAAUUAUCUCGCUGUUCCUGGAUACAAAGUUGAUGACUGGCUUUUACUUUCCAUGUAUGCCCUUGCGGUGACAGAAAUGUGGAAUGGCCUGCCCGUCAUGUGGAAGCGAUCGCCACAGAGACACGCAAUGGUUUCCAAGCUGGGAUCCCAUGGAUUUGCCGCCUGUCGAAUGCAUCUCAAGGCAUUGAUCCAAAUCGUCAACAAUGCCGGUGGAUGGAAGCAGUUCGAUCCUUACAUCCUAGACAGUGUUGUAUUGGCAGACAGGUACAUGGCCAUCAGCCAAGGGAGGCCACCAGUUAUUCCUAUAACUUGGGAUCCAGGGCCCUUGCCCACUUCGAUUCGAGAGGAGCUCGGGAUAACGGGGCAGUCGGUAUUGCCUCUUCUCGGAUCCAAUCUUCUUUUGGAGCCGCUUUCGGAGAAACUCGACAGUAUGAUACGGGAUCUAGUCGACUAUUGUCGUAUCGCGAGCGAGGCAUGGGCGUGGUCGUCGAUCGGACCCGAAGCCGAAGGUUGGCUUUUCAGGCGAUUGCAGGCAAUUUCAUGUCGCCUUCUGCUCUAUAUCCACGAUGAGCACAUAACUUAUAUCCAAAGUUGCAUUUGCUUUGCGACACUGACCUUUAUUUCGAGCUCUAUUGCUGCCAAAGGACCGCAGAUGAGCGCGCAGUACGCAGCUAGACAGCUUUUUCUAUUGCUCCAAGAAAAGCAUCAUUCAGAAGAAGAGAUGAAAAUGUCCAAGGGCUUGUAUUUUUGGUUGCUGUUUAUGGGGUCGGUCGUCGCUGAACCUCAGCCAUGGUUCCUUGAACAGCUGGCAGAACAAUGUGACGGGGGAGAAAUUUCAGAGCCGAAUUUGGAGGCAAGGCUGAAGCCUUAUCUGUAUCUACCAUCGCGUCAGGGCACACGCAUGCCUCUAAUAGUCGAGCAUUUGAAUUCU